AUGGAGCUGUUCGGCGAUCAGUACAUUCGCAUCACCAUUGCUCUGCCCGCCUCCGUGGGGGCCUUCUCGGUCUCGUCCUCUCCGCAGCCUGCGGAGGCGCCGUUGCGAGACACUUCGAGAAAGGAUGUCCCCCCCGGCGUCGGCGGCCUUUCUUCGCCCUUGCCUGACUCGGCCGGCGCCCGCCACGCCAAGCCGCAGGGGACGGAGCAGCACGGCAGUUCGGUUUCCACAAAGGUUCUUGGCCACGUUGAUCGAAACGUGCAAGGUGCUAACUGUCUCGACAGCAGCCCGACGGCGCUGACCCUCUCGUCUUCUCCGUUUGUCACAGUGGUGGCUGAGGUGGCCUUUCACGAGACCAUCGCGGAGUUGCGUUGGGUGUUGCUGGAGCUGUUGCCGUCGUGCUUCUUCACGAACUACGACGUGUUUUUCCGCGGCAAGCGCGUCGACGAGAACCUGCCUUUCUCUGCUCUCUCCGUGGAGCCCGACGAGGUCUUCCACUUGGUGCCGCUGCUGUACGACGAGAAGGCGGUGCGCCUGCACAUCCGGCGCUUCCAGGAGAUCACUGUGAACGCGUCGGUCCUCCUCAUGCGGGGGCUGCCUGACCCCGCCGACCCUGCAGGCCCCUACGGGGCGUUUCUGAAACGCCUCGUUCACCUCGAGGCUCAGCUGCUUCACGACGGCGCGGCCUCUGCGGAGGCGAACGGAGAGCUCGAGCGAGAGGAGUCGCCCGCGUUUCUCGACCUCCCCGCCGAGGAAGACGACACGGAAGAGCGCGAGGAAGACGAGCUUCGGGAGGCGAAGGGCAUCGCGGCGACAAGCGACGAGGGCGCAACCCUCAGGAAGAAGGCGACACGGGGCCAGGCGCUUUCCGCGGGAAAGAGAAAGGCGGGGCGAGGGCGGAGCGCGUGGCGAAAAGACGCAGGGAGUGCCUCUGGGUCUCCAGGCGAGGAGACAGAGACGCCGGUGGGUGGGAACGCGCAGGGGAAAACCACCCGAGGGGCUCAAAGACAGCUGCGAGCCGCGAAGGGUAUGCCUUCUGGAAAAAGAAGCGACAAGGCGCACGGCCGAGACGAAAUCGAGAAGCCGAUGAAUCUGACUCGUCUCCUGUUUCGCGACGCGCUGUACGGAGGCGCGCCCCCGAACGCAGGCAAUGCAGAGAACCGAACACUCGGACGGCUGUCCGCAGACGAAACGGAAAGGCUGAGGUUGCGCGGCGCGCAAAAGAUUUCCAACUUCCUUCUCAACUCACCAGUUACUCUGGAACCCAGAAAAAAACCCAAAUGUUUUUCUUCUCUGACGACGAGCGACUUUAAUCCGCCUCCUGCAAGUCGACGGCUGCAAGGAGACCUCUGGUACCUCGAGCUCUGCACUCUGGAGGACCGCAGACUCGCCAUCAUCUGCCGAGAAGAUGGUUUCCUCGUCGCCUCCAUCACGAGUGCAGAAGGUGCAUCAGGCCGUUCUCUCGACACCAUCUUCCCUCGAAACCGCCUCAUCUGUCCUCAGGAAGGCACGUCGGUGUCAGUCGACAGCGAGCGGGGCCGCGCCCUCAUUUUUCACACCUUGAGCGAUUUGCUCUGCACAUACAGCCCAGCGUAUCGUGAGGUCUUGCCUUCACUCGCGCCUGAGCAACUCGACACAGAUCUGCCGUACCACGUGAUGCCCACGCUGCAGGCGCGCAAUCACUUCUUAGUGGCCAAGGAACAGAAACACGUACCAGACAGCAAUCGCCUGGAAGAGUACCUCGAAAAAGUAGCUGGCGUCGAUCCUUGGGAACCCGAAAGGCGGUGGAACAAUGAGGUCGAAGCACUUCGCCGCAUGCGCGUUAGCACUCUCCAGGACCACAUUGACUUCGAAAAGGCGUCCUUUAAACUCUUUGUUGAGUUUCAGCAUUUUGCUCUUCAAGCAGCCAUCAACGUGCGCGAGGGGCGUUUGAGUGGUGUAAGUCCAUCUGAGCACUCAGCGGCUUCCUCGGUCUCCGACUGCGAGCCUCCGCGGCCUUGCAUGCAGAGCACUGUCUCGUCGGUCGGAGCGGACGGAGACAAGCAGACAGGAAGGGAGUCCUGUGGCCUCUUGCCUGCAUGCGGUUCGCAUGCGGCUCUGCGGCCUGAAGAGAGCCGAGGCGCGGGCUCUGCGGGGGCGGCGGAAGUGGUUUUCCGGGGACAGCUAGCCAUCGAACGCGCCGCAAAUACGCCGCUGCCUGUGGGCGAGACGCAUGCAGACGCGCAGAGUGGAGAAAUCAUCGCGGGAGAGAAGAGACGGCAUGAGGUGAAUCUUGGAGACACACACCGGGACAGACGCGAAAUGAAGGCGGAGACACGGGGACUGGAGCUCCUGGAAAUGAUGCAUGCUUUUCAACGUCAGAAGAAGGCCGAUUUCGGCCGCUUCAGCGGUUCAGCGGCGACGGAUCAGCGAGAAAACGAAGACGAGAGAAAGAACCGAGAGGAAGAGACAGGCGUGCCUGGGGAUGACUGGCAGCUUGCCGCGCCGUAUCCGCUCCUCAUUGACUAUGCGGGAUGCCGUCUCCGUUGCCAGAGCGUCUCUCCUCAGCAACUCCUCGCCGCCCGGUCUCGAGAAGGAGGCGAGCCUUUGGGUGAUCUGUCUAGAGGGAAGCAGCACGAGAACGGCGCGGAAGACCUGACGCACAAGCACGGCUCAGGAUCUAGGAGAGGCGAGGGUGGAAGCGGAGCGAGUCGUUUGCAGGACGAAGAAGAAAAGGGAGUGACGGAUGCUCCUUACCUUGAUAUUUUGGAGAAGAGUGUCUUUGGACACGUCCUUGGACUCAAGACACAUACCGUUUUCCAUCCUAGCUCAGGCCAGAGGGAACGGCGUCUGCUUCACUGUGACGCAGAGUUGGUUGCCGAGGCAAGGGAGAAGCAGCUUCAUCUCCUCAAGCUCGGGUCACUGUGCCCGGCGGACCUGACGCGCGAUCUCAACCUGAGCGCCUGUUCCUUUUCUCUUUCGGCGUCUUCCCCCGAGGACUUGAACGCGACGCCGCGGUGCGACGAGACCGCGCAGAAGGACGAACGCGGCCCGAGUCGACACGACACUGCGUUCGAGUGGCUGAGACCCGAACUCAUGAGCGCGUUUCUCCAGUUUCACCAGCGAAGAGAAGAAGCGAGCGAAGUCACCUCGCAGGCUCCCGAGGAAGGCGCGGGAGAGGUCGGAGAAGCGACGGAAGAUCGCGAAGCCGCGCGACAGGAGAAACGUGAGGUGCGCGGGCGAGAAGACCAGCGAGAACAAGGGCUUAAAGGAAGCGCGAAAGAUCCUCCGCUACAUCCGCUGUCUCCCCAAGACUUGGAGACAACUGAGUCUCCAGUUAGCCAGACGCUCCCCGGCGCCGUCGCCCAUGGCGCUUCUGUCUCUGCACCACUGCUUGCGUCUUCUUCGCCUUCUCCAUUGGAAGGCGAGUCGCCUCUCGAGGGCAGAAAGCGAGACUUGGCCACUCUCUUGCAAGACGACCUGCGAGUGCGCCUCGAGCACGAGGUGUAUCGGCGCGUGCCGCUCCUGCCUUCGUUUUUCUCCGAGAUGCAAACGUGGUACAAGGCGGAUUUGGGCCUCGGUUUCUUCUUCCAAUCUGGCUCGCCGUAUGCGGCGCAUCUCCGCGAGAAGACGCGAGAAGCCGCCGCACACAUUCUCCUCAAGUGCUUGGACCUAACUCGGUCCCAACAACUCGCCGCAGUCCUGGAGCACCGCAAAGAGUACGAGACACUGCGACGAGAGCUGGCCGCUCGCGGGGCCUUCCUGCUUCCUUCGGAGAUAGGCACAAGCGAUCCUUCAGGCGCGCCCUCGAGCGAGGAGACUGCGGCUGGUGAGACGAACGAGCAAAGCGGCCAGGGAACAAGAGCGAUGGCCGACACACAGACAGCGACUGAGGGCUGGGGAGAGGCCCAGAAGGACGGAGGCACACCGGAAGGAGUCGACGGCGACAAGGAAGCUGACUCCGGAGAAGAUCUCAGCGCGUUUCAGCUAUCGGCGGAGGAUCGCCGGAUGAUGGAGCUUCUUGGACGAGAUGUGAGUCUCCUGGACCCGUCUCUGGACCUCGCGGAGCGGUCGCAGCAGCUUGCGGAACAAGUGUGCAAUCUGGCCUUCUUCGCGCAACCUUGUUCAUCGCCUCCCGAGGAAGGUGCGAGACAGCCGAGUGCAGGCGGCGCGGCGCCUCGCCUGUUCAACUUGAAUCUCGAACGCUCCGCCGCAUCCGAGGCAGCUUUGCGAGACCGUCAGGCGUCCGCACAUGAGGAAACGGUGACUUCGUUGAGUGCUUUCGGGGACCAAUCUGUGUUGGAAGAAGCAGCAAAGUACCUGCACGGCGUUGCGGUGCCUCUGGUGGCGACACUGCUCGGCCAGCAUCUCUGUGUCACGCCCCUGGAAUCGUCUUCGGUGACAACGUUCUUCCACGCGUUCGGCGUCAACAUGCGUUACUUGGGCGCUGUGACCCGCAUCAUUGAAACAGGUCGGGAUUUCGAGAUGUCUCGGGACCCGGCGCUCGACGAGCCGGCGACACAUGCUCCCAGCCUCGCUGUACGUACUCUCCAACUGGAGAUGACGGUGCGUGCAGCCAAGUGGGUGUUUGCGGCUUUCUUCGCCCCGCUCCGCGUGGGUCACCUCAGCGUGGCAGUCGCGCAUCUGCUGUCGUGUCUUUUGUGUCCUCCGGGGGUCGACUACUCCUCGAAGCGUUUCCCGCUUCCCGCGUCGCUUGCGCGCUUUUCGCCGGCCACAAGCCUUGCUUCUUCCGGCGCAGCGAGUCCGUCGGCUGUGUCGAGACACCGCGCCGAUCUGCAUGCAGACUCGCCUCAGGAGCGGGCGCUCCGCCACCUGGCUCAGCUGACCCCAGACAGCCUCUGGACGCUGGUGCGAGGCCGCAUGCUGGCGCAUUUUGGCUACUCUGCGGUGCCGGCGAACCGCGCGCUCUGGCGGUGCAUGCACACCCCAAGUGGGCGGUACGUCGUCCUGCGGGGCGUGGCGACCGCCCUGGGGAUCCAGGUGAAGGCUGGAAGUCCGCUUUUCAGUCUCUUGGGAGCGGUGUCGCUGUGGGAACGGUGGGGCGUCGGGGACGACGGAGACGCGGAGGAACGAAACGACCUCGGCGCAAAGGCGAAGAAGCCAGCAGACGAUCACGCGCCACAGACUGGACACGACGCCGAAGAGACCAAGGGACGACGAGGCGACGGCCGCCUAGACAAGGCGCCUGUGAAGCGGCAGUUCGCUUUAGGCGACUCUGAGGUCUCCACGGACGUGAUGACUGACGCUGACCCCGAUUCGCCGCUUUCGGCGUCUCGCGCGGAGCACGCCAGAAGCGAAGCCGCAGAGGCACAAGUUGCCUGCGAAGCCCAGACUCUGCGUCCACCUGACGAACGCACAGGCGGCCUCGCUUCCUCCCGCCGACCCUCGUCUUCUUCUCUUUCGUCGGCCUGGCGCGCAGGCGGGCCGUCGAAGGUCCCGGCGUCGCGGGUAUGGGAGCCUUUCAGCGCUGAGAGCGUCGUCCAGCUUUUCCCGGUGGUGAAGCGAGAGCCGGUCGUCUCGCACUUUGCACGACACCUGCUUGCUGCGGCGACUCAGUGCUACAUCUUGGGCUGGCUGGACGUCGCGCUCGAACUCCUGCAGCAGGUGCUCUUCGUCGUGCACCAACUCACAGGCUCGGUGUGCAGAGAAACUGCGCUGUGCUACGCCGCGAUGGGGGAAGUGGCGUUGUCGCUGCAGGAUUUCCUGAACGCGGCAAACAACUUCCAGAAGGCGCUGAUCUUGACGGAGCGCUGCGUCGGGCCCGACCACCCGGACACGAUCGACAUCCACGCCGGACUCGGGCGCACUCUCGUGCACUUCCCAGGACGCGAGUUUCAGGAGCGAGGCCUCGCGCACAUCCACCGAGCAGUCGAGCUCCGCAGACUGUGGACAGGCGACGUGCCGCACCCCGAGACGCCGCUUCUCCUCUUCACCGCCGCCAAGUGUCUCCUCAAGGUCUACGGCCCGAGAUGUGUGGGGCAUCUCGCCGAGUAUCUCGACCGCGCGAUUCGCCUCGCGGGCUUCGUCCGGGGCGUGGGGCCGCAAUUCGUUGCAGAGAUGCACAGCGAUGCCUCGCAAAUCUACCAAGCCGUCGGGGACUUCCGAAGAGCCUUGGAGCACUGCCGAGUCGCCGGCCAGCUCAUCGCGGCCGAUCCUUCUGCGGACACGGAGAGAAUUCGGGAGCUCGACGAGCGUCUUCUGUUCCUCACGCAACAAGCGGUGUUGGCGGCAAAGAAGCGAAAACACGAAAAUGUGCAGCGUGCCCAGCUUCUCAAUCGCCUCCGAACUGCAGUGACACUAAAGCGCCACAGCAACGCCCUCGCGGGUCCCGCAGGCCUUCGCUUCCCGCGCACCUCAGGGCUGACUGGACCAGGGGCGUGA